GGAAGCCGCUGUAGGUCAAUUUAAGUCGGCGUGCUCAUUUGAACUGAUACGAAGCAGAAGACGGGCGGCCCAUUACUGAUUAUACAACUUUCCAAUCAAUAUUGAUGGAGUGGCAGCCAGAUGAACAGGGACUCCAGCAGGUCCUCCAGCUGCUUAAAGACUCCCAGUCGCCCAACACUGUCACACAAAGAGCAGUUCAACAAAAACUCGAGCAACUCAAUCAGUUCCCCGAUUUCAACAACUAUCUCAUCUUUGUCCUCACUAGACUGAAAACGGAAGAUGAGCCGACUCGCUCUUUGAGUGGUUUGAUACUGAAGAACAAUGUUAAGGCCCACUACCAGAACUUUCCUUCAGGAGUUUCCGAUUUCAUCAAGCGGGAAUGCCUCAACAGCAUCGGCGAUCCGUCUCCGCUUAUCCGGGCCACCAUUGGCAUCCUCAUCACUACGAUUGCCUCCAAAGGAGAGCUGCAAUCAUGGCCAGAGCUGCUGCCACAGCUCUGCAACUUGCUCGACUCGGAGGAUUACAACACUUGUGAGGGCUCGUUCGGGGCAUUGCAGAAGAUCUGCGAGGACUCAUCGGAGCUGCUGGACAGCGACGCUCUGAACAGGCCCCUCAACGUUAUGAUACCUAAAUUUCUUCAGUUCUUCAAGCAUUGCAGUCCAAAGAUUAGGUCCCACGCUAUCGCCUGCGUGAACCAGUUCAUCAUCGGGAGAGCCCAGGCGCUCAUGGACAACAUUGACACCUUUAUAGAGAGUCUGUUUGUGCUGGCAGCAGACGAAGACUCCGAGGUCCGUAAGAACGUGUGCAGAGCGCUGGUCAUGUUGCUGGAAGUCCGCAUCGACCGUCUAAUCCCCCAUAUGCACAGCAUCAUUCAGUAUAUGCUGCAGCGGACUCAGGAUCCUGAUGAGAACGUGGCUCUGGAAGCCUGCGAGUUCUGGUUGACUUUAGCGGAGCAACCAAUUUGUAAGGAGGCGCUGUCUGGACAUCUGGUGCAACUGACCCCUGUUCUGGUAAACGGGAUGAAGUAUUCAGAGAUCGACAUCAUACUAUUGAAGGGAGACGUGGAGGAAGACGAGGCGGUGCCGGACAGCGAGCAGGACAUCAAGCCCCGCUUCCAUAAGUCGCGCACUGUCACCUUGCAGCACGAAGGAGGGGAGGGGGAAGAGGACGAAGACAUCGAAGAUGAGGAUGACGACGACGACGAUGAUGCGCUGACUGACUGGAACCUGCGAAAGUGUUCAGCUGCAGCACUCGACGUUCUGGCCAACGUGUUCCGUGACGAGCUGCUGCCUCACCUUCUGCCGCUUCUGAAAGGGUUGCUCUUCCAUCCUGACUGGGUCAUCAAGGAGUCUGGCAUCCUGGUGCUUGGAGCCAUAGCUGAAGGUUGCAUGCAGGGCAUGGUGCCCUACCUGCCUGAGCUCAUCCCUCACCUCAUCCAGAGUCUAAGCGACAAGAAGGCCCUGGUGCGCUCCAUCGCCUGCUGGACCUUGAGUCGCUACGCGCAUUGGGUGGUCUCCCAGCCCCCAGACUCCUAUCUCAAACCCCUCAUGACUGAGCUCCUGAAGCGCAUCUUGGACAGCAACAAGAGGGUGCAGGAGGCCGCCUGCAGCUCCUUUGCCACCCUGGAGGAGGAGGCGUGCACAGAACUGGUCCCCUACCUGAGCUUCAUCCUGGACACUCUGGUGUUUGCCUUCGGGAAGUACCAACACAAGAAUCUCCUCAUCCUGUACGAUGCUAUCGGGACUUUGGCAGAUUCAGUGGGUCACCAUCUUAAUCAACCUGAGUACAUUCAGAAGCUGAUGCCCCCUUUAAUAGCAAAGUGGAAUCAGCUAAAAGAUGAAGACAAGGAUCUUUUCCCAUUAUUAGAGUGUCUGUCGUCCGUAGCGACAGCGCUGCAGAGUGGCUUCCUGCCGUAUUGUGAGCCCGUUUAUCAGCGCUGCGUCACGUUGGUCCAGAAGACGCUUGCUCAGGCAAUGAUGUAUAACCAGCAUCCUGACCAGUACGAGGCUCCAGACAAAGAUUUUAUGAUCGUGGCCUUGGAUCUGCUGAGUGGACUUGCCGAGGGUCUCGGUGGCCACGUGGAGCAACUAGUGGCUCGAUCGAACAUAAUGACCCUUCUCUUUCAGUGCAUGCAGGACACCAUGCCUGAAGUGAGACAAAGCUCCUUCGCCCUGCUGGGGGAUCUAACCAAGGCGUGCUUCCUCCAUGUGAAGCCCUGCAUUGCUGAGUUUAUGCCCAUCCUGGGGCUCAACCUGAACCCAGAGUUUAUCUCUGUGUGUAACAACGCCACCUGGGCCAUCGGGGAGAUCUCUAUGCAAAUGGGUGCAGAGAUGCAGCCUUACGUUGGCAUGGUGCUCCCUCACCUGGUGGAGAUCAUCAACAGACCCAACACACCCAAAACUCUGCUGGAAAACACAGCCAUUACGAUCGGCAGACUCGGGUUCGUCUGCCCUCAGGAAGUGGCUCCACAGCUCCAGCAUUUCAUCAGACCCUGGUGCACGUCAUUGAGAAAUAUUAGAGAUAACGAGGAGAAGGAUUCAGCUUUUCGGGGAAUCUGUGUUAUGAUUGGUGUCAAUCCUGCAGGAGUUGUACAGGACUUUAUUUUCUUCUGUGACGCUGUGGCUUCAUGGGUCAAUCCAAAGGACGACCUGCGAGAUAUGUUUUAUAAGAUCCUGCAUGGCUUCAAGGACCAGGUUGGAGAAGAGAACUGGCAGCAGUUCUCUGAGCAGUUCCCCCCUCUGUUGAAAGAGCGACUAUCGGCCUGCUACGGUGUCUAAUCCAACCCUUGUUUCACUGACCUGUCAAGUUCAUGAAGGGGAGGGUAACAGGGGAACUCAUUGCACUGCCCAAAUCAUGGGGAGAAAGUGGAGCUGGAGGGAUGCGACUGGCCCCGAUCCUCCAGUCUGCGGAUGGCCUCCUUUUCCCCUGCGCCCUGUUUGUCUCUGAGGGAGGGUGGGAUGAGGGCGGUAGCUGAGGGAGGGUAAACCAGGGAUAUAUGUAUACCUCUCGUAAUAAAUGCCUCACUGCUAGAAACUCAAAAGUGACUUUCGCCAACCGCAAUCCAGGGACCUCGGGUAGGUGAGGGCAACACAGCGGGGUUGGGGGGAGCAGAGUUCAGACCCCCCGUCUUCACGAUUGGAUUGUUCAUACAAGUUAGUGACGUCUGGAUGGGGAGGGGGGGUGGGCAGAUAGGUACAAAAAGUAAUUAUCCGAACCAGCAAAUACUACAAAGCAUGUAGGACGCUCACAUGUAGCUGUUAAAACAGAAAACGGAUGCUUUUACUUUGUAAUGAUGUGCACAGAACCUUUGCACCUUUUCCAAGAGAAUUGCAUACACCUUUCUAUAUGCACACUCAUACAAACGCGCAUCUUUGUUCAUAUGUACAUUUCCGUCUGAUCUGUAGAUUUCCUUUCUAACUUUAGGACUUUAUUUCUUUCCCGUCAACAGAAGCAGUUAAGGUUUACGUCAACCCAGUUCCAACAUACUAUAAUCCACAUUAUCUAGGCUUUAAGUUGCAUGUUCACGUGAAUGUCUCGUUUAUUUGUGGCACUAAUCGUCAGUUUUCGGGCCGUCUGCCGCGUUGGCUCAUGUGUCCCCUCCGAUCAUUCUAAUCAUCGCCCCCUAUAGUUUUAACCGAGGUUGUUUGCGUUAAGACCGGCUAUAGAUAAAUUCAGGAAAUAAGUUAAUGUUUGAUGCAUCAAGAUUGCUAAUACUGUAAGCAGAUCAAGAAUCGCAUUCGCUGCUGUGGCUUUGUUGUUAGUAUAUUUAAAGAAAUGGACUCACCGAGAGAAAUCACCAAGAACGAGUUCCUACUGGUAUAAAUGCACUUUUUUUUCUGUUCCGAUGAAAUAGAAUUUCUAUUGUAAGACGUACAGUGAUGAUAUACUGAAGUUGUUAGCUUAUCUGGAUAAGUGACUUUUAGGACUGCUGUAAGCAAAAUGAUAAUAAAGUUAAGAGUAAGACUUAAGCGAGGCCAUAGAUUCGUAACUCCUGAACGGGGAUGAAUAGGAUCAUAGGAAGAAGGCACUGCACCUAUAAAUGCAUCGUAAAUGGUUUCUGCCUCUCUCUCUUCACACUUCAGGGUUAGAGAUGCACUGAAGAGAUUUUUGUGGCCAAUUUCCAAUCUCGGUUGUUUUAAUUUGUCAAUCCACCAGUACUAGUUUUAGCCGAUUCUGAUUUCGGUUUAAAACCAAUUAAUACAAUCUAUAAAUUUUAUUUUUAGAUUACAAUAAUAAUAUAUGUCACUUCUUCUUUCUUUUUUUAUUCCAGUCUUACUAUUAGCUGUUAUUUGUAGUGUGAGAAGAGGAGGGUUCAUGCCAUAUGUGCUAGAGUUGCUACUUUAAUGCAAAGAUUGUAUGUCGACAGUCAGCAUUACUGAAACAAGUGUCUCCUUGUGUAUUCCCUAAAGAAUGUAGAUCCUUAAGGCCUUGUCAGACCGUACUGUGUUUGGGAACACAAGUAAGGUUCUAUUUAUGCUAUUUUUUAGCUUUGGUCACUAAAAGAGAUGUAAAGUUUUCACUGCAACCUCUUAUGGGGUGGUAGCCUUGAAUUUAAAAAAAAGAAUAAAAUAAUUUCACAUCAGAAUAUUAAUCUUGUUUUUGCUUCUUUGUGGCUCUUGAAGGAUGAAUUAUCCACACUGGGAGAGCAGCACUGCCACCAUGUGGCACUUUGUGGUAAAGGGGACCAAGAAACUUUAAUUGGACUGUUAACUAAGAUUUCUAAAAGGUUGUCAACAUAUGUAUUAAAAAAAUCAAAUCUUUCUUUAUUGCAGCCUAAAAAAACCCAAAUGUUUUAUUGUGCAGAGCCACCUCUAAAUUCAAUUGAAACUGGCUACUUCAGAGUAAUCUUCACUUAAGAGUAUUGCAUAUGGGACAUUCACUGACUGGGAAAAUAUCAGAUAUCCAAGUUUCAACUUUUUUUUUCCCUUCAGUGCAUCUCUAUUCUUGGUUAUUAAUUUUUGAGGCAUCCCUGAUCUUAAACAUUAGAGUUUUAGCAGUUUUCUAGCGUGGCUGCUGGACUUACAUGGUACUGCUCCUGCUUCCUAUCAAACUAGUGAUUGUUGCCAUAUGUUCUCCUGUUGAUACUGUGUAGGUUACAUCUGGGAAUGCUGGGAGUCAUUUUAAUUCUUAGAUUACACUGGUUACCUUAUCCGUGGGAGUGUUGGUUAUAUUUUUUAAGUUCUUGUCCAUAGUUGAUGGGUUACAUUGGAAGUGUGUGUGUGGAUCUUUGCCUGUUGGCGUUUACAGAUGUACUUCUUAGACAUAAUUUUGCACCAGCCCUACUCUGAAAUUGUUCUAGGGAGUACAGUCUGACUCAUUUCUGCUUUCAUGUAGCCCCCAGAUGUAUUUGGUUGCCAGAGAGUAAGUGAUUUUGGUUGUCAGGUUGCUUAAAUAAAACCUCCAAAGAUGAAGGUGUUUUCAUAAAAAUAAAUCUAUUCCUGCCUGAUUGAAUAAAGAGAUGCCAGCUUCUGUUGAUGGAUUAUGCAUUUUGUAGGUUAAUGUGAUUUUUUUUUCCUUCCACAAAUGUGACAGAUUAAUUUUUUGUUACUGAUAUGACUGUUUAGGAUCUGAAACCACUUUCUGCAGCACCACAAUGAGACCACGGCUCAUUUGGAGGUGCAAAAGGAAGCAUUGACAAGCGCUCACAAGUGAAAUUGUGCCGAAUACAGUAGAAUGUUUCAUUUGGUAAUAAAAAAAAAGUAAACUCCCAUGUAUGUUCUGUUUUUCCACUUAUAAUUUUUUUUUCUUUUGUUUACUGUUCAUUAGUUUUUUUUUAUUUAUUUAUUUUUAUUUGUUUUAUGUAUUUUAUUGUGCUAUUAUGCACAAUUUCUUUUUAUUUUUUUGGAUUUCAAAAGGUUUUUUUUUUAUUCUUUUUAUUUAAAGAGAAGCUUUCUUUUGUUUUACAGCUUAUCAUCUGAUUAUGUUACAUUUGAUGUGGGCUGAAGGCAAGUCAACGCCGGAAGAUAAUUUGAGGGGGAAAUGUGGAAAACAAAUCAACCUUUUUCUAUUCUAAAGCUUGGCAAAUGAAUUUAAUUUCUUUUUUGCUGACCUGUGGUGCAGGUGGGAUUUGAUCUGAUGUACCCUUGUGUAGUAAUUGUGAAGAGGGGAAACUUUUUCCUUUUUAGAUCUUUGAGUUGGCUGAAAGUUUUGUACCGUAAAUGAUAAAUGUAUAGAACAAUCAUUGUGUUGAGAGUAACAUCUGAAACCUGUCUUGUUUGGAUUAUGUGCCAUGGCACCUGACAACAAUAUGGAAUGAAUGCCACUCUUAGAGACUUCAUGAGCAGUUUUUUUGCUUUUAAAUUUCUACAAAAUAAAACGUGAAUUAUCCUGGAA